CGUAAAUCUCACAAAAUUCCUCAUCCAUAGAGUCUAUUCCCGUGACAUAGACUAAUUUCGAAGCCCAUUCCGACGUCUCCUAGUUCAAUUCCGACGCUGCCAUCCUGUAUUGUCUAGAAUUGCCCCUCACCUAAACUUGUCCAUUCGCACCUAUACAAGGAGCGACCCAAUGCAACAACCGAGCCACGAGCCUAGCCCAAUGAACUCACUCCCUCCAGAAGCUAUUGCCUUUGCAGGCCGGAUGUACGAUUCAGCCCGUGCAGGCGACCUUCCCACCUUCGAGCAGGCCCUCCCCGCUGGGUUGCCGCCGAACAUGACUAACGAGAAGGGAGACACACUUCUGAUGCUCGCUGCCUACCACGGUCACGCGGAACUUGUCAAACUUCUUAUCCAACAUGGCGGAGACCCAAAUCGGCUCAACGAUCGUGGUCAGAGCCCUCUCGCUGGCGCCGUGUUCAAAAAGGAGGACGCGGUCAUUGAGGCGUUGCUUGAGGGCGGUGCGGACCCAGACUACGGCCAGCCAAACGCGAUGCAGUGUGUAGCCAUCUUCAACCAGGAGGAGACGUGGAAGGUGAAGUUUGAGAGUGCGCCUGGGAGGGGAAAGGGAGGGCCGCCUGCCCCCAAUUAGUUUUCCGAUGUAUUUGUAACCGUGAUAUUAUCUUAAGGAUGGAUUGGGUUGCUCUUUGUCGCAUUGUUGCACCCAGUUGGGGACACUUGGAUCAGUCGGCCGGUUCGAAUGACUAGUUACCUUAGAUACCUAUGUAGGUGAAUUAUUGAUUCAAGGUAUCUUCCGGCCAUCAUCUCGCC